UUGUGUUAGAAGCAUCAACAUGAGAGUUCUCAUCUUCUGCCUCCUGGCGCGCCAAAUUUUCUGCCAGGAUCUUCCCUGUCCGGUCUCACUCACCAUCGACAUCUCAGACGGCCCAGUAGAGGGUGGAUUCGUUAAAAACGGGGUAAUGUUUCACGAGGGUGACUAUUUCAAAUUAAACGACACGACUUUGGGGUGUGUGUGCAACAUUCUCCCUUGCAUCAGGAAGUGUUGUCCUGAAAACGAGUCCUUUGAUGGCACCCAGUGCGUGGAGAGCGAAAAAACCUUCAACAUAACCAUUUACGAUGGAACUACUGUUAGUGGAAGAGUGAAACAGGGUGACUUUUAUUUGAUUCGGGGGGAUGAGUGCUCAUCUGAGAAGCAUUAUCGAAUUGGUAUCUACCCAAACGAGAGCGCCGUGUUGGUACAGACCAACGGGUCGUUGUUAGUUCAAACUUUUGAGGUUUUCUACAGUCCAGAAGAUUAUUGCGUUGAAGUGGUUGGGACUGAAACCAUAGCAUUCGUUUGUGAAGUCCCAGAAAGUGAAGUUGAGGCAAGAGUUUUAGCUUACG